AUAAACCAAUUGAACUUAGUAACCAAUGAUGUGUCUGCGUACAUAAUCUAAAACACAAAGUUUGCUUUGGGAGAUUUUUAUAUCAAUAUUAUAAAUACAAACUUUUUUAAUUGUGUGAAUGCGAUACAACUGGAAGGGAGCUUGAAAACAAUUCAGGGGGUAGAUCAUACUAGCUUAACUGGUUUAAGCAGGAAAAAGUGGUCAUAAUCAUGGAGGACGUCAGUAAUUCUGACUUUUCUGUCUCAAUGUGUGAAAGAAUGGAGUGUACAAAAUGUGGUGAAACUGUUGGGGAGACUGUCAACUUUUGCGGGAAGUGUGGUACAUCUGUCAUUCGAGAAAGUAUCAAGACUUCCCAUGAGGAGGCCCUAACUGCCCUGGAAAACCCCCCUGUGGAACCCCUUCCUGCCCCCAAGCCAGGGCAGACAACUCAGAUCCAGAUGCCACCUGACCAGCACACAGAGAUUGUCUCCCCUGCCCAGGCAGUGAUAUUGUUUGAAAAGAGAGUGGGUAUCAAGACUUCCCUUAAGGAGGACCCAACAGCCCUGGCAAACCCCCCUGUGGAACAACUUCCUGCGCCCAAGCCACGGCAGACAACGCAGAUUCAGAGGGCACCUGAUCAGCAGGCUGAGAUUGUCUCCCCUGCCCAGGCAGUGAACUUGUUUGAAAAGAAAGCGGAUAUAAGAAUACUUCUUGUUGGACAUACUGGCCAUGGCAAAAGUGCAACUGGAAACACGCUUCUUGGAAUCAAAAGGGAGGAAGGAUUUCAUGAUGAAUUGAGUCAAGUUUCUGUUACACAGGAGUAUAAGAGGCUGGUACAAGAAAGGUUUGGAAGAAAAUUAGAAGUUGUGGACACUCCUGGAAUUUUUGAUACAUCCUUUGAGCAACAAUUUGUUUAUGAACAAAUAUACCAGUGUAUAGGGCUGACAUUGCCUGGUUUCAAUGCUAUCUGCUUAGUAUUGCGCCCAGAUCGCUUUACUAAAGAAUUGGUUCAAACGGUGGAAAUUUUCUUCAAAUUGUUUGGAAAAGGCGUUGAUGAAUAUGCAUUUGUCCUUUUUACCCACAUAGAAACAGAAGCAGAAAUGAAAAACUACAUAAGAGGAGGGGAGAAAAAGACUGAAGAUGAUGGACAAAAAGCAUUUCAAGUGCUAAGAAAACGAUGUCAAGACAAAAUGUUGUUCAUUGAUAACAAAGCUUCCAAAGAUCUUAAAGAAGAAAUGGUUUUGAAUAUCUUAACAGCAGUUGAUGAAGCUAAUGCCAAAGCACUGAGGCCGUACUUUGUGAACAAAAUAACCAGAAACUUGGCACAAAAGGCUACAGACUUUUAUAUGAUACAUGUCUGUGGAUUGGGAUCUGAGCGGUCAAAAGAAGACCUAAGAAUUCUUCUCAUUGGACUCCCUGGACAUGGAAAAAGUGCAACUGCGAACUCCCUUCUGGAAAAAAGAUUGUUUCAUGAAAAUGCUCCCGCAGUUCCAAAUGCAGGCCAAGAAACACAAAUUACGGCUAUACAACUUAACAAACCAAAUACAAAACCUAAAGACCUAAGUGGGGAAAUCAAUGGUCGUAAAAUAAAGAUUGUAGAGUUCCCAGUUAAAGAUCCCUCAAGCGAGAGUGACAGUGAUUUUAAGAAGGAACUGUUUCAAACAGAGAAAAUGUUGGAUCCAGGAAUUCAUGCAGUUUUUUUUGUAAUAGAUCCAAAUAAGUUCUCUGAUGUGAAAGACCAAUUCAAACGAUUCAUGGAAUACUUUGGAGAUGAUGCUAGUGAUUAUGCGUUUGUAAUCAUGACUUUUACUAAAAAUGAAAAUGAAUUUGAAGAUCAUUUUGGUUCCAAUAUAGACGCCAAACAUCCAGUUGCAUCUGUAUUGAGCUUUUGUAAAGAAAAGGAGUUAUACAUAGACAAUAAGGUCUCAUCAGCAGAAAAGGAAGAAAUGAUAAAAGAGAUGUUCACUUUGAUUGACAGUGCAAAUGCAAAAAAACUUACUCCUCACUUCAGUUCUCGGUUCAAACAACAAACUGAAGCUGCAGAGGCUGCUAAAACUGAAGAAGCUGCUAAAGCGGCUAAAGCAGCAAGAGCUGCUAUUAAAGCUGCUAAAGAAGCUGAAAUUAAGCACCAAAGGGAACUUCUAAGGGUUGAAGAGCAAGCUAUAGAAACAUAUAAAAGAGACUUUGAAGCGGAAAAAAGACGGCUUGAAGCAGAAAAAUGGCGGCUUGAACAGGAAGUUAGUACACAAAAUAGGAGAGCUGAGAAUAUGGAAGCACGUACAAGAGAACUUGAACAGAGAGUUUUUCAAGCAGAAUUUUUCAGGCAACGUGAAAAUUAUAAUCCACCAAAAAAAGAAGGUUAUACUUGUACAAUUCAGUAAAAAAAUUUAGACUAUACUUUCACAACUAUAUAAACAAUUUAUUUGGUUGCUAUGACUAUUAUCUUUUUUAUAUAAUGUCUCAUAAAAAGUAGAUGCCUUUGUUGUACAUGAUUGCUUUUCAAUUUUUACUGGAAACAAAAAAUAUGAUUAAGGUAAAAUUUCAAUCAUGAAUAAUGAUAUAAAAAGCUUUCAAUAUUUAAGUUAUAUAUUUUUUCAAUAUUAUUUAAUGGCUAUUGUUCGCAGAAUUAAAAUAAAACACAUAUCAUAUGUAAACAAAAGAUAGUCCUUUCCAUAUGUUUUCAUGUUGUUGUUUUUUCUUAUAAUCUAUUGCUUUAAUAAUAAUAUAUAUUUUUAUAUACCAUAUUUUACCAUGUAUUAUGCACAGUUUUAUACCCCCCUAUCAUGUUUUUUUAAAGUUGUUGCAUUUGUAAUACUUAAUAACACAUAAAGGUAAUUUAGCUGUUAAACAUUUUAACCAAAUCCACCAAUCACUUAAAGUAUACUAAGGAAGUGAGUACACAAACGUGUUGAGAUCCAUACAAUUUUAUAGUUAAAAGCUGAAAAAUGGCCUUUAUUCAUCCAAAACUGGUUGCAGCCAAAUUCCUUUCUAAACCAUCAUUUGCACAUUUGGAUAUCAUUUGUAUUAUUUUUUUAGCUGUGAAAAUUUAAGCAAAAUCAUGCAAAUCAGCGAAAACGAAGUUGAGUAGAACAUUUUUGGGCUUAUAUAUAUCAAUAUUGAAAAUCUGACAAAGGGCUCUUAAAACUUUUCACAGAACAGUUCCUUCUAAUACACUCGGAUAAUAUAUUAAGGUCAUUCAUAAUAAGGUAGGAUCCACCUGCCAUUAAAAAAGAGUUAUAUUGGAGAAAAAGCAUACAAAGGACCAUUAUUCUGCAAAAACUGGUUUCAUUUUUUUCAAUCUACACAUAAAGGUCCUUGAAAGUUUGAAAGUGUGAAAGUUUGAGUGAGAUCCACCCAACCAUUCAAGAGCAGUUGAAAACAUAAGUUUCCAUAUGUAUUUAUGGACAUACAGUCAUGGAGACAUAACUUACUGACAACUGCAAUUCUAAAUUCUUAAUACAAGCAUUCAACAAUUAAUUUUGAAUGUUUUAGAAAAUGGUUUUCAUGGUUUUGUACGGGCGAGUGCAGAUUUCUCAAUGGCAAGUGAGGAUUUGGAAUGGCUUGUCCUACAUGACGAGUAGCAUUAUUAUGUUUAUUCAAACCUAUGAAUACAUCAUUAAGUUACCUCUAAAGCUUUAAUUGUGAAGUGGUGUGAAUGUCAGCAUAUCAUUAUGAAUCAACUGAAUCUUGGGUGUAAUCAUUCAACUUAAGAAUGUUUUGCAUUUAUUAUUUCUAAACUGUAAAGUAUAUAAUAGUUUUUUUAAUCGUUUUUUCCAUGUUAUUUAUCUCACCCUAUGUGUCUUUGUAUAUAUUGAUGUGAUAAACUUUCCAAUAUGAAAGCAUUUUAAAGCUUUGUAUUUUUUAAUGAUAUUGGAAUGAAAAUACAUGUAUUAUAUUUUCAUGUUAUAGCUGACCCCAGCAUUAAAGCUUUGUAAUUGUGAUAUGGAUGAUGAAUAUAAUAAUGGUUUGUGUUUGUAUGAGACUGAAUUGAACAUCUAUUAUAUAUAUAUAUAUAUAUAUUAAUGUCGCAUUUUUUGUAUGACACUAUAUUUAGCUUUAAACAAACUUAUAAUAAUUGUAUUUCUUUGCAUUGCUUGCUUUUAGAUCAGUAAAACGUAUGUUUUGUGGUUGAAGAGGAUUAUGAAUAUAAUGAUGGUGUGUGUUUGUAUAAGACUGAAUUGAACAUUGAUUACCGGUAUAUAUAUAUAUAUAAAAAACAACUAAUGUUGCAUUUUUGUAUGAAACUAUAGCUUUAUUAUACCUCGACUGACUUUCCCAUGAACAAUUUCUACAUACAUAAAGUGUGAAAAUGUUAAAUGUCGCAUGGGACAAUAUAUAAUGUCACCCUCUCAUGUAGCCAAAUUAAAUAGCAAAGGAAAAUCAGAAUAGAGUGCAAGAUAAACUUACAAUUUACCAUAAGCCUCUAAAGAUGUUAAUAUAUAUCUUAUGUUUUAACAAAUUAUAUUCAAAAACAAAAACUUUUCAUUUUAUGUGAAUUGUGUUAACCAGAAAUAUGAAUUAUUUUAGAAAUCAUAAUUACAGGUCUGACCGUAUCUUUGAUUGUGUAUUUAUUAUUCAAACAUUUUCAAUAUUGCUUUCCACGACUAUAUAACUGCCCCUGAUAAAAAUGGUGUUGGAGAAACAAAAUAUAAAAGUUCUCAAGAGCUUCUUUUCUCCUACUAAGUCUCUUCCGACAUGUAUGUAGAAUGUUUAUACUAUACUUUUUUGAACUAUCGCUGUCAAUUUAUACAUGUAUCUAUCUUAAACAUUUCUUCUCAGUCUUUUCUUCUUUUCUCUAUUAACUACUAUA